CUUUUGCUGUGCAGUGUUCUUUUCUACUUUUUUGCGUUAUCAGUUUUACUUGUAUAAUAAGGAUAUAGAAAACAGAAUAAGUAAAAUUGUUUUAGCAUAUGACUAUCAAAAUAACCACCUUAAAUGUAUUUUAUGGGGCAUGGGUAAAGGAAGAAGAAGACACUUUAAAGCGGUCUUUUAAGUUCCAAUUAGAGCUCAACAAAAAGGUUGCUUUUACAUUUGAAAGUAUGGUAAAAGAUUCCAAGCAGGCAUCUGCUGAAAUGGCAGCCACAGAUUUUGAAAUUUACAACAAAAAUUUUUUGUAAAAGUCUUCAAUUCCAGAUUAUAGCUCAUUCAUGGCAUCUGCCAUGGAGCAAUCUUCUUGUAGUUCAAGACGAUACGAUGAACCGGAUUUUAGUUUGAGGGAAUGGGGUGUCAAGGCUCGAGUUAGCCGAGAAAACACUGCUUCUAGAAGAUAUUCAGCAUCAUAUAUCAGAAGUUUUAGAGAAGAUUCAAGGUCUUUUAGAUCAAAUAUAACCAUUUAUAGCACUGCUUCAUCUCCUGGAUAUUGUUUGAAAGAUGAGAUUGACCCUUCAACAUACUCCUUUACAACAGCUCUUAAAGCCUUGCAGGCAAGAACAAUGUACAGUAGUUGGGAAUGCUUGUCACCAGAGGGGUUUGCUUUGAACUCUAAGUGGAAUGAAGCAGAGAAGUACAUUUGCAACCCUCUUUCAGGGGAGGUUCCAAUGGAAUGUUUAUCUGCAAAAACACUGAGUGGAAGGUCAUUUCGAAACUUAACAAACCGAAUCACCAUGUCUGCUCCUCUCGUUUACUCCCAUUCAUCAUGUCAUUUCCAAACAAAGUCGUCCAGGACAGUUUCACAAGACAUAGAUCAGUUUCCAGAAAGGAAAGCUGUGAGCUUGACUCGAGAUGUGGGAAUUCAAAGCACACCACCUGAUCUUUGUUCAGGCAGUCUUAGCCCUGCUUCAACUCCUCCAAUCUUAGAGAGAACAUUGAAGCGAUGCGGGACGGAAACUGGAGAUUCAACUGAUUCUAACACGAAAUCAAAAGCUAAUGAACAGGUUCAAGUGAAAGAAACUAGAGAGAAUGAAGAAACAAAAAAGGAUGAAGAAAUUAGACAACCUGCAGGAUGCUUAUCAUGUGUGAGAAAAAAGCAGAGAAACAAACACAAAUCAGGAAGGAAAAGUAUCUUCUGUUUUCCCUCGUUUUAGAGACAGAUAAAGAUGGCUAAAUAUAACAUACUGGUGGGCUUGUUGAGAUUCUACAAUAUCUCAAUCACAAAGGGUUUCUUUUCCCUCCUUUUUGGAAGAACAGAUUGAAUGUGUGAAAAUGAGAGCAAAAAUGUAGCUAUGAUUAGACAGAUUUCAAAAACUAUCUAAUGGUAGAUUGUUUUCCUUUGGGAUUUUGUUGUAGUUAAUGUCGAUUAUGAUGAUGAUGUCAUGUUUUGUUUCUUGUCUUUUAUACAAUAAAAAAUGGCUGCCAGCUCUCUCAGUGUUCACGUGCA